UGUUGUUAUUGGAAGCCUUUAUUUGUCAUUUCGUUCCUCAAUCAAUCUUUUUGUUUCUGCCCCUUUCUUUCUCUGAAUCGAAACCCUAGAAGUUCGUCGUCUUGUCUUCCAGAAUCUGACAACUUUCCUCAUCCGAACCUAAAUUCUCUCAUCAAACCCUCACUUAUCCAAUCCCCACCCAAAUUCCCCGCAUCGACCUCACUCCCCUAAAUUCCCCCAUCGCCGGCUCUCUCACGGCCGAAUUCAUCGCAUCGCCGGUUCCGCUACGGUGGCUAUCGCAUGGGUAAGAUUCUCCGAGAAAACGCGAAGCCGUCGGCAAAUUCCUCAUCGGCGUACCCCUCUGCGGCGCCCGCCACCACUUCGUCGACAUCGGUGACGGAGACGGUGAGGGGGUCACACCAGUUCAAGAUCACGGGGUACUCGCUCUCGAAGGGGAUCGGGAUUGGGAAGUACAUGGCCUCCGACGUGUUUUCUGUCGGAGGGUACAAUUGGGCGAUUUAUUUCUACCCCGAUGGGAAGAGCGUGGAGGACAAUGCAACCUACGUGUCGCUCUUCAUCGCGCUGGCCAGCGAAGGCACCGAUGUUAGGGCACUUUUCGAGUUGACCCUUUUGGAUCAGAGUGGGAAGGAGAGGCACAAGGUGCAUAGCCAUUUCGAGAGGACUCUUGAAAGCGGGCCUUACACCUUAAAAUACCGCGGUAGUAUGUGGGGUUACAAGCGGUUUUUCAAGAGAACAGCUCUAGAGACAUCAGACUACCUUAAAGAUGAUUGUCUGUCUGUGAAUUGUAGUGUUGGUGUUGUGAGGUCACACACGGAAGGUCCGAAAAUCUAUACCAUAGCAAUACCUCCUUCUAGCAUUGGUCAGAAAUUUGGACAACUGCUGGAAAGUGGUAAAGGCAGUGAUGUAAAUUUUGAAGUUAAUGGUGAUAUUUUUGCUGCACAUAAAUUGGUACUAGCAGCUCGUUCACCUGUUUUCAGAGCACAGCUUUUUGGUCCUAUGAAAGAUCAGAAUACCCAGCGUAUUAAAGUUGAAGACAUGGAGGCUCCAGUUUUCAAGGCAUUGCUUCAUUUUAUAUACUGGGACUCACUACCAGACAUGCAAGAGCUUACUGGGUUGAACUCAAAAUGGGCAUCAACCUUGAUGGCUCAGCAUCUUCUAGCAGCAGCUGAUCGAUAUGGCUUAGAGAGACUUAGGCUGAUGUGUGAAGCGAGUCUCUGUGAAGAUGUUGCUAUUAAUACUGUGGCUACAACUCUAGCCUUGGCAGAGCAGCACCAUUGUUUCCAACUGAAAGCUGUCUGUCUCAAGUUUAUUGCUACCUCUGAAAAUCUUAGAGCUGUGAUGCAAACUGACGGAUUUGAGUACUUGAAGGAAAGCUGCCCAUCUGUUCUGACUGAGCUAUUGGAGUACGUGGCCAGAUUUACUGAGCAUUCGGACAUCAUGUGCAAGCAUAGGAAUGAAGCAUUACUUGAUGGCAGUGACAUAAAUGGGAGGCGGGUGAAGCAAAGGCUCUAAUAUGUGAAGAACACUGCACAGCUUUCUGUACAUCCCUCUUCUACUCUCCGUUUUAAAAGAUAGCGAGAGCAUGGUUAGAGGGAGAAUAUAUAUAAUCUUUUAUAGGAUCAGAGGCAAUUUUUAAUUUUCUUAGCUUAUUCAUGUGUAAGAGAUGUAAAUGUAAUUUGUGUUGUUGCUGUUACUGUUCUGUUUCACGUGUAGGUUUCUGUAAUAUCUUCAGUAUCACUUUUUACUGGAAAACAUGCCUUGCAAGUGUUGAUCAUUACUUUUUAUAUUCUGUAUGCUUAUUAUUCAAAUGUAGUAGCGUAAGUGCCCUUGAAACAUUUGACUGGCAUCAUCUUA